UGCACGUUGCAGCGUCGGCCAUCGGCGCAUACCAUCGCGCUGAGCCCCGCCGCGCGCUAACCACCCUAUAAAACGUCCGGCGCCGCUACCGCCCGGCGGCGGGCAGGCUCGCAACGAUGGGCAACUGCCAGGCGGCGGAGGCGGCGGCGGUGCUGAUCCAGCACCCGGGCGGCGGCCGCACGGAGCGCGCCUACUGGGCGCUCUCGGCCGGGGCCGUCAUGGCGGCCAACCCGGGCCACUACGUCGCCGCCGUCAUCGCCACCACGCAGCCGGCGGCCGCGGCGGGGGGCGCGCCCGCGGUGACCGCGAAGCACCUCAAGCUGCUCCGCCCCGACGACACCCUCCUGCUCGGCCGCGUCUACCGUCUUGUCAGCUUCGAAGAGGUGCUGAGGGAGUUCGCGUCAAAGCGGCACGUCAAGCUGAGCCGCGUCACGAUCAGGGCCAAGGACGACGAGGAGGAGGUGAAACCGGCGGGCACCAAGCACCGCCGCCGGCGUACCAGCGGCGACAGGCGCGGCGGCGGCGAGCGCAAGGAAUCCGACCGGUCGCUCGCCAAGAUCAUGCGCCAGACGGAGGAGCCGGAGCCGGAGCCAGGCCAGCCGUCCUCCGGCCCCAGCUCCCCCGACCACGGCGACCCCGCCGACGCGGCGGCCGACCUCGACGCCGAGCUGGAGGCGGCGCUGCUGCCUCACGGAGCGCUGCUCGGCCGGCGCGCCGCCCGGCAGUGGAGGCCCGCGCUGCAGAGCAUCGCCGAAGGGUGACCAAACCUCGCCGCCCCAGCCCAGCCGGCCGGUCGGUCGGUGAGCAGCCGUGCUCGGUGCAGGUCGAUGCCACGCCACUUGCGAGGCUGACAGCGUAUUGUAAAAUAAGCGAGUAAUUGCUACAGUGCCCUUCCCCCUGUGUGGAUACCACCAGCUCCGAAUGUGUAGUCUAGCAGUAGCAGUUGGCCAGUAGCAGCAGAGUAUUAUGGGCUUGAUUUGAUGGUGCUUGUAACUUGUAAGGUGGCAGAUCGGUAUACAGAAAGCAUCGCAUAAAA